CUGAAAACGUGGUUUUUCCCGAGGUAAUUUUGGGAGGUUAUUGAUUUCAUGAGUUUCAUUGCAAGGAUGGCUUCUGCAUCAGUUUUGAGGAGACUAACACAACGAGCUGAUGAAGCAGAGAAAAUAAUCACUGAAUUGAAAGCCACCAUAGAACUUUUGAAAGAUAAGGCUGCUGUGGUUGAAAGUAAACCUGAGGAAGAAAGACUGCGUCAGGAAAAUGCCAAUUUGAGAACAGAAAUAGAUGCUUUGAAAAUCCAGCUUGUUCUUACAGAAGUAAGAAAUGGAGUUAAACAGGUAGCCCUGCCUUCCCAGGAAGCUAUUGCCAGGUGUGUGGAUAAGUCUAGAUCCCAGGUGACGUCCUCAGCACCUGUUGUUGAUAAGAAAGUGGAAGUAGUCCAGAAAACAGAUGAUGUCAAGGAUCAACAGAAAUCGAAGAAAAAGGGCAAGGAUGCUGUCAAUUCUGAAGCCAAGCCUAAAAAGGGAAAGGUAGCUAACGCUGGUCCUGUCGAGCCAGAGAAGAUGGACGUGUCUCGACUUGACCUCCGCGUAGGAAAAAUUGUGGAGGUAGAGAAACACCCAGACGCUGACACACUGUACAUAGAAAAAGUAGAUGUUGGCGAGGAGCAACCACGAACUGUUGUCUCAGGGCUGGUCAAGCAUGUUUCCCUGGAGGAGAUGAAAGGUCGAGUGGCUGUGUUUAUGCUGAACCUGAAACCUGCCAAGAUGAGGGGUGUGUUGUCCCAGGCUAUGAUUAUGUGUGCCAGUAGUCCUGAGAAAGUGGAGAUCCUCAUUGUACCAAAAGGGGCACAGAUAGGGGACAAGGUGGUAGUCGAAGGUUACUCAGGUGAACCAGAUGCGGUGUUGAACCCAAAGAAAAAGGUUUGGGAGACCUUGAAGCCAGACUUGAGAACCAAUAGUGAUGGUGUGGCUACAUGGAAAAGCGCCCCAUUAAAAGUUGAAGGAAAGGGUCUAAUUGUAGCCCCAUCAUUGCGUGAUGUGCAGAUCCAGUAAAAUUUGUAAAAAAAACAACACCUUUCAUAGGAUCAUUAAAAUAAAAUUGAAUAAAACCAUCAAAUGGUCAA